GGGCACCUAGAGGUCUGAUUUGACUUUUCCUUUGCCCCAAAAACAAAAAAAGAAAAAGAAAAAGAGCAAACAAACUUAAACAAAUACCAAUAAUCAAGAUCAUCGACCUAAUUAAUAGUAUUAUUUUCAAUCAGACACAGUCAAUGAUGUGGGAGAACCUAACUAAUAUACUGUGAAUAUGAAUACCCAAGAAACCAUUACAAAGCUCUCUUCUCUUCUAUUAAUGGUGCUAUAGCAAACACCAUUUGUGAUCUCUUCUUGAUCCCUAAACUCUCUCCUAUUGAAGAAAAUUAAAGAUGGCUUCUUCUGCAUAUAGUAGAACACAGAAGAAUUCGCUGGAGCGGAAGUCGCGGUACGACGGGCGGCUCGUGAAGAAUCUAAGCAAGAUCGAGCCGAAGAAGAUCGGAAUCGGGCUGGUCGCGGGGUGCUGCUUGGUGCUCCUCACUUACAUCUCCCUCGCGAAGUUCUUCGCCAUCUAUUCGCCUGUUUUCUCGAAACCGUCAUUAGGGUUAUCGGAGGAUCAGGCUCCGACGAAACUUUCUAAUACAGAAACUCUUCCAAAAGAGAUUGUUGCGAGGAAUGAAACAGUGGAAACAAAACCAGACGCAAACGAAGAAGAUGAGGAGAAAACAUCGAAAAAACCUACGGAGGUGGACCAGCUACAGCAGCGCGAACCCGAAUUGGAUCCGACCGAAGAAAACGAUUUCGUAAAUUUGGGAGAUAAAGUUUCUCGCACGACCAAUCCUACCCCCUCCACAGCUCCGGAAGAAUCCUCAAAGAGCACCAUUUCUGAACUAUACGGAAAGAACGACAAGAGUAAAUCCGAACCGGCGGCGCCGCGGGCGGAGCCGAAGCUCACAUGCGAUGACAAGAGCGUGGACGAAGGAUUCCCCUACGCGCGGCCCGAGUACUGCGACAUGAGCGGCGACAUUCGGAUCAGCCCGAAGCAGUUGACGGCGUUCUUCGUCUCGCCUUCCACGCCGCCCGCCCUCGCCCCCUCGGGGGAGCGCCGGCUGCGGCCCUACGCCCGGAAGGACAACUUCCUCCUCCCGGGGGUGCGAGAGGUCGUGCUGAAGUCCGCCGGCACCGACGGAACAGACAAUUCUGCUCCUUCAUGCACCACCACGCACGCCGUGCCUGCAGUCGUCUUCUCGGUCGCGGGAUACACCGGCAACUUCUUCCACGACACCGCGGACGUGCUCAUCCCGCUCUUCCUGACCUCAGCUCACUACAAGGGAGAAGUGCAGUUCUUCAUCACGAACUACAAGCCGUGGUGGGUGCACAAGUACCAGCCGGUGCUGCGGAAGCUGAGCCGCUACGAGCCCAUCGACUUCGACUCGGACUCGGGCGUGCACUGCUUCUCGCACGCGACUAUCGGGUUGGUGAGAGACCGGGACCUGAUCAUCUACCCGAACCCGACCCGCAACCCGCGGAACUACUCCAUGGUAGACUUCACCAGGUUCAUGCGCGCGGCCUACGGGCUGCCCCGCGCGCUGCCGGCCGCGCUCGGGGAGGAGCCCGGCCGGAAGCCGCGGAUGCUGAUCAUAUCGCGGGGCCGCACCCGGAAGCUGCUCAACCUGCGCGAGGUCGCCGCGAUGGCCGAGGAGAUGGGGUUCCGCGUCGACGUCUCCGAGGCCGGCGCCGACGUCCCCCGCUUCGCCGAGCUCGUCAACUCCUGCGACGUCCUCCUCGCCGUCCACGGCGCCGGCCUCACCAACCAGGUGUUUCUGCCGACGCGGGCGGUGAUGGUCCAGAUCGUGCCGUGGGGGAAGAUGGACUGGAUGGCGACGAACUUCUACGGGCAGCCGGCGCGCGACAUGAACCUGAAGUACGUCGAGUACUACAUAUCGAGAGAAGAGAGCACUUUGAUCGAUCGGUAUCCGAAGGAUCACCUGGUUUUCACUAACCCGUUGGCCAUCCAUGGCCAGGGAUGGAAAGCCCUGGCUGACAUUAUCAUGACCCAGGAUGUGAAGCUGGACCUGUGGAGGUUCAGACCGACUCUCCUGGAGACGCUCAAUCUUUUGCAAGAGUAGAAGGGCUUAAUUGUAAUUUUGCGCGCGUGAGUUUAAUCUUUUUUUUUCUAAUUUUUUUUUCUCUCUUUAAAAGGAUUAUUAUUGCUACAUCGGAAUUGCUGAUUUACAUUGAUUGAUUCACGGAAAAGGAAACUUAGUUUUGAAUUAUUA